GACACAGGUAUAAAAUGCAAGUAGUGUUGUGCACAGUGUUUCUUUUCCACCAAUUACUUCACAAAGGCAUUGCCUUCAGGUUGAAGCAUGUUUUCCCACAGAACUUUGAGUUUUCUGCUCCUUGCGAUCCUUGCAGUUGAGAAAUGCUCUGCUUUCACUCCAGUCUACUCCAGACUCCUUAACACAAUUGAAAACAUAGAUGCAUUGAGUGAAGAGCAAAAAUCAAAAAUUUUGAAUGCAAAUCCAGAUUCUACGGAAAAAGUGAAAAUGAAGCAAGACUGCAUGGCAUUGAACCGCAAUGGAAAUAAGUCCAGUGGUAUCUAUGUUAUCCAUCCCAAAGGAUAUAAACCAUUGGUGGUCUACUGUUUCAUGGAUGCUCCAGGUAAAGGAUGGGUCAUGCUGCAACAUGUCACGAAGAACAGUAAUAUUUCCUUUGCAACAAAUUGGGAUACUUACAAGCGCACUUUUGGCAAUAUGGAAGAUGAACAUUGGCUGGGAAAUGAAUACAUCCACUGGAUCACACAGCAAGCUCGUUAUGAAGUGAAAUUUCUCAUUGACAGUGGUGUUGAAAAAGUUGCAAUUGAUUAUGCCAGCUUCAAUGUUGAGAAUGAAAGUAAUAACUACAAACUGAGACUGGGUGCCCCCAUUGGGGUUUCCCAGACUGAGAAACAUUUGGCCAUCAAUAAAAAUGAUAACAUGAUGUUUUCCACCUUUGAUAAGGAUAAUGAUAGAGAUGGCACGCAAAAUUGUGCAGCGGUAGAUGGAGGGGGCUGGUGGUUCAAUCACUGCACCUCGGUAAUAUUCAAUAAUCGGCAAAUUCGCUGGCCGGGUAUUUGUGACAACUGUGAAUCUGCCACCAUUUUAAUCAGACGUACUUUUGAAAAUUGCAAGUAAUCUUAUUAUCAAGCAGGUAGCUUGUUGCUGAAUAGUUAAACACAUUUUGUGCUCAUGAUUUUCUGGCAACUGCAAUGAAACUUGUUUUGCUUAAUGCAGUUUAGUAGUAUAGCAAUAAAUCUAUCAAAAUGAUAAUCACA